AUGGCAUCUAGGAAGAAAGUCCUCUUGAAGGUCAUUAUUCUCGGCGAGAGUGGUGUCGGAAAGACGUCGCUGAUGAACCAGUAUGUCAACAAAAAGUUCAGCAACCAGUACAAGGCCACCAUCGGUGCCGACUUCUUGACUAAGGAGGUUCUUGUCGAUGAUCGCCUCGUGACCAUGCAGAUUUGGGACACUGCCGGACAGGAGCGUUUCCAGUCCUUGGGAGUUGCAUUCUACCGCGGAGCCGACUGCUGUGUGCUCGUGUACGACGUCAACAACGCAAAGAGUUUCGAGACCUUGGAGAGCUGGAGAGACGAAUUCUUGAUCCAGGCCUCCCCUCGUGGGCCCGAGAACUUUCCUUUUGUCGUCAUUGGCAACAAGAUCGAUAUGGAGGAGUCCAAGCGCAUGAUGUGGGAUCAAACAAUGACCGACUUGCGCGCGCGAUCAGAUCUGGAUAUCUACAUCUACGACGGUGUCAUUGAGAUUUCUCAAAAGCGCGCUAUGGCCUGGUGCCAGUCCAAGGGCAACAUUCCUUACUUUGAGACUUCUGCCAAGGAGGCCAUCAACGUCGAGCAGGCUUUCCAGACCAUCGCCAAGAACGCUCUCCAGCAGGAGGUCGAGGUCGAGAUUGAUUUCCCCGAUCCCAUCAAGAUCGACAGCGACACCUCCAAGGACUUUGGAUGCGCUUGUUAG